AGAACGACUGCUUUACUGAAUGCGCUAUACCUGGCAACCCGAGUAGAAGAGCAUCUCGUCCGCUUUCGCUUUGCUUGCAAAUGAUUGAAAGACAAGAGCUGGACGACACGCAUUGAAAGACUUCGGGAAGACUUGACAUCGCUCGACAAGGAAAUGGCCAAUCAGUGCGAUGCAUUCCCCGGACACGGAAGGGAGUUCCGUCACACCGAAAACAGCCACGACAGGAUAUAUAUGGACUACAAUGCUACGACGCCGGUGGCACCAGAAGUGAUCCAGGCCACCAACGAGGCCCUGUGGGAUGCCUGGGGAAACCCGAGUAGCAGUUAUGUUGAAGGCAUGAAAGCGAAGGCCCUCAUUACUCGGUCCAGAGAGAAUGUGGCGACAAUGGUCGGCGGCAACCCCGAGGACAUCUUUUUCACUUCGGGCGGAACCGAGUCCAACAACAUGGUGCUCCACAGCGCCAUCGAACAUUUCAGGGAGCAGCACGGCGAUGCCAGCGAGGGAGACGACGGAAACAUCCCACACAUCAUCUCCUGCAACGUGGAGCACGACUCUGUUAAACUGGUGGCCGAGCAUCUGAAGAAGAAAGGCAAAGCCGAUUGGACCUCCGUGCCUGUUUCCAAGGUGACGGGCCGCGUCGAGGCGGACGACGUGGUCGCCGCCGUGCGCCCCACGACCUGCCUGGUGUCUAUCAUGCUGGCCAACAACGAGACGGGCAUCAUCAUGCCCGUCGGUGAGAUCUCCGAGCGCGUCCGGUCACUGAAGCAACAAGACAAGCGUGUGCGUGUCCUCAUCCACACGGACGCCGCUCAGGCCCUGGGGAAGAUCCCGGUGGACGUCAAGCAACUGGGCGUGGAUUACCUCACCAUCGUGGGCCACAAGUUUUACGGGCCGCGCAUCGGCGCUCUGUUUGUGAACGACCCCGGGGUGAAAACGCCGCUCUAUCCUCUGCUGAUAGGCGGCAGGCAGGAAAGGAACUUUCGACCCGGCACGGAAAACACGCCAAUGAUUGCUGGACUGGGAAAGGCUGCGGAACUGGUGACAGCUCACCUGUCCGACUACGAGAGUCACAUGCUGGAGAUUCGAGAAUACCUGGAGGAACGCCUCAAGGCCGUCUUCAAAGACAAGCUACAGUUCAACAACCAUUUCCAGCGCUCAGAUCGCCUGCCCAACACUUGUAACGUGUCCAUCUUGGGUCAAGGGUUACAAGGCUGGCGGGUUUUGUCCCACUGCAAAAAGCUGCUGGCCAGCGUGGGCGCCGCCUGCCAUUCGGCGCACGGAGACAGGCCUUCCCCCAUCCUCCUGAGCUGCGGCGUGGCCCCCGAGGUGGCGUCCAACGCCCUGAGGCUGAGCGUGGGCCGCAAGACCAGCAGAGAGGACGUGGACGCGGCUGUGGAAGACCUCCAGGAGGCCGUCAAGCUACUAGAGCACGGCCACUAAAGCCUCUUGAUCGCACAGGCAGGCAAACACACUUUUACUACAUAUUUUAUCAUUAAAUCCAAACUGCACACUUUUUUUUUUAACAGUUUUAAAAUUUCUAUUUGUACCAAAUGUAUGUCCGGCUCCUCUGCUUUCUAUUGGUGAAUAUUAUGUAUCCAUCCAUCUAUCUUUUAUACUGCUGAAAAAUUAUGAAUACUGAUGAGUCAGUUUGCACCAUGCUAUAAGUAAGUCAUUCAAUAUAUACUGUACUUAACAAAAUGGGUAAAUUUAUGAACAUUUCAAAUUGUUUUGGGAAAUUGUGGACGUCGUGUCCUCCGGGCCAAAGAGGAAAAGAACCAUCCUGACUCUUAUGGAGGCAAAGUUCAAAAGCCGGCAUCUGUGAUUGUAUGGGGCUUUGUUAGUGCCAAUGGCAUGGGUAACUUACACAUCUGUGAAGGCACCAUUAAUGCCGAAAUCUACGUACAGGUUUUGGAGAAACAUAUGCUGCCAUCCAAGCAACAUCUUUUUCAUGGACGCCCCUGCUUAUUUCAGCAAGACCUUGCCAAACCACAUUCUGCACGUUUUACAACAGAGUGGCUGGCAGGUACUAGACUGGCCUGCCUGCAGUCCAGACCUGUCUCCCAUUAAAAAUGUGUGGCGCAUUAUGAAGCGUAAAAUACGACAACGGAGACCCCGCACUGUUGAACAGCUGUAGCUGUACAUCAAGCAAGAAUGGGAAAGAAUUCCACCUACAAAGCUUCAACAAUUUGUGUCCUCAGUUCCCAAACGUUUAUUGAAUGUUGUUAAAAGAAAAGGUGAUGUAUCACAGUUUUAAACAUGACCCUGUCCAGCUUUUUUGGAACGUGUUGCAGCCAUAAAAUUCUAAGUUAAUGAUUAUUUGCUAGAAACAAAGUUUAUCAGUUUGAACAUUAAAUAUCUUGUCUUUGUAGUGUAUUCAAUUAAAUAUAGGUCAAACAUGA